AUGCUACCUAUUCCUCUUGUGCUAUGCGGCAAAGCUCCGCGGGUGGCAAUCGCGGUCAGAGACGGCCUCAGGCCAACGUAUGAAGCGAUACAUAUUGUUACCUCUGUGGAGGCGGGGAUAGCUGACAUUCCAUCUCUUCUACUUGGAAAUCGGCCGCAAGUGACGGAUCCAGACAAUCUCGGCUCUCAACGCUACGGUCGCCAACCGCUGGCCGUCAUAAUCGGAGGUGGAUACAGCGAUGCGGACUUUGCAGCUAUGCGAGAGUCAUGUCACGGCAUCAGCACUGUCCCUUGGCUGCGUCAUGCGAUAACGACUAGCCCUCCUCCAAACAGCUCAAAGCCAAUUCUUGGUCCCGAAUACGGCAAGGAGAUCGCCGAGAGAGUGACGCGUUGUUUACGAGAUCUGGCCGAUGAUGGCAAGUUGAACAGUGACGGGGUGUACUAUUUUUAA